AUGUACUCGAGUCGGAAGCUUCACCUUAUUAACCCGCUUCAAUUUUUUUUUUACCCUAUUAUUACGCCUUCUCCCCCCAUUUCCCCUACUUCUCCCCCUCAAUUCUUCCCCCCAUUCAAUCCUCCCAUACUUCAAAAUGGCUCCCCCGCCAUCAUCGCCCCGUCUAUCCUCAGCGCCAACUUCGCAGAUCUCGGUCAUGACUGCACAAAGAAGAUGGAGCAAGGCGCCGACUGGCUCCACGUUGAUAUCAUGGAUGGUCACUUCGUCCCCAACAUGACCAUCGGAUGUCCCGUCGUUUCCCAGAUUCGCGGCUGUGUCGACCGCCCGCUUGAACCUUGUGCUCGUGGCACAUUCGACUGCCACAUGAUGAUCAUGGAGCCUCAUAAAUGGGUGAAGGAGUUCCAGAAAGCUGGUUGCGACCUUUACUGCUUCCAUUAUGAAGCUGCUGUUUCUUCCGUUGCUGCUACCGAUCCUACCGAUAAGGAGACUACCCAGCGCACUUCGCCGCGCCAAUUGAUCAAGUAUAUUCACGAGGAGGGUAUGCAGGCUGGUAUUGCGAUCAAGCCUGAUACCCCCGUUGAUGUGCUGUGGGAUAUUCUGGACAGCCCCGAUCAGUCUGAACGACCCGACAUGGUCCUCGUAAUGACAGUUCACCCCGGUUUCGGAGGUCAAAAGUUCAUGGCCUCCGAGCUUCCUAAGGUCUCCGCCCUGCGCGCACGGUACCCCGAGCUAAACAUCGAAGUCGACGGCGGUCUCGGUCUCGGAACGAUUGAUCAGGCUGCUGAAGCAGGUGCCAAUGUCAUUGUGGCAGGCUCUGCGAUCUUCGGCGCGCAGGAUCCGGCUGAUGUUAUCGCGAAACUGAGAGACGCUGUUCAGAAGCGGAGAGGUCUCGAGGCUGGUUCUGCUUAAGCGCGAGCUUGAGCUUGAGUUUGAACUUGAGACUAUAUAGUGGUUCAUGAGACUGUUUAGUGUGAACCACUAGGCUUGGUUUUGGAUUACAUAUUGUCAUUCGCAUUGCCCCGCUAUGGACGAGUGUUUUGUUCGAAGUGGGGGUUGUUUGGUGGGGUCCUUUGAUGACCAAAAAGGGGUUUCGGUGUUCUCACCAGUUUUGCUUUUUGUCGGUAUUCGACUCAUCUUUGCUGGUUUGAUUUGAUUUUAUUUGAU